GAACAUAGUUCUGUUCUGUGGCAUUGCCUCCAACAUGUCUGUCAGAGCCUCAAAAACGAUCAAGUGCUUGCUUCUCAAUAAGGCGUUUCCAAUCUCAUGCGAAUCUGCAGGCGAUGACGACUGUGGGCGUCACUACCACAUAGUAUCCGAACCAUGACCCCCAACUUCUCGCGCUCCAGAGCAAAUCAGGGUCGUCAACCAUGGCCGCCACUCAUACCCUCAGCACAUUUCGCUACGAAGCGUCUUCGAACACUUUUAUCAAGAAGUCUGUGGAACGUGCACUGCGUCCGAAUGAAAUAAAGAUACAAGUAACGCAUUCAGGAGUCUGUUACACCGAUGUUCACGCCAAAGACAAGGCCUGCGGUUUAGGCCAUGAGGGCGUUGGUGUAGUUGCCACCAUCGGUGACAAUGUGACCUCUAUGAAGCUUGGUGAUAGAGUUGGCUGGGGCUGGUUGCGAAGCUCUUGCGGCAACUGCUCUGUAUGUGUCGACGGAUAUCGCCAAUAUUGUGCUCAAGCAAGUGGCUUUGCUUUCUGCGACCAUGAGCAAGGCGCUUUCGCCGAUUUCCACAUCAUCGAUGCCGACUUUGCCUACCAUAUCCCUCCAGAGAUACCUUCCUGGCAAGCUGGCGUCUUCAUGUGCGCUGGAGCCUCCACUUACGAGGCGUUGGACGCAGCUGGCACGAAGCCCCAUCACCGAAUUGGUGUUGUUGGCUUAGGCGGUCUUGGACACAUGGCUGUUCUGUUCGCCAAAGCAAUGGGCUGUGUUGUGACUGUCUUCUCUGGGUCAUUCGGCAGAGCAGAGAGCAAGGCUGAAGAUGCUUUCAAACUCGGUGCUGACGAGCUACGCACUCUAAGCGAUAUCGACACAACUUUGCGGCCAGGCAGAUCUGAAUAUCUUUCCGCUGGGGGAAAUGAGACGCAAUCCGUAUCACUCGUUGACGUCCUUCUCGUGUGUUGUAACGAGACGCCUGACCUGGAGAAGAUUCUGCCUUUUCUGGCACGACGGGCGACGAUCGUUCUCAUGUCGAUACAGCAAAAGCCACUUGUUGUUCCAUAUAUGCCUUUCAUACUACCUGGUCACAAGAUCGUUGCCUCAACCGAAGCAUCAAGGCAGAACCAUCUUGCUAUGAUCCAAUUUGCAGCUCGGCACAAAAUAUCACCGUGGGUAGAACGAUUCCCUAUGACGGAAGAUGGCCUCAAGAGUGCGUUCGAAAGACUUGAGAACGGCGAGAUGCGAUUCAGAGGAGUGCUUGAGGUUCCUGGUGCUUGAUUUUUGCAUUCUCCCAGUGUACUACUGUACGUAACGCUAGUAGCCAUGCAGAGGCACAACACAAUAGCUGCAAUGUACAGCACACAUAGUGAUCUCAGCUUAUCUCGUCCUUUCUCCAACUGAAUCCAGGCUUUUGAUAUAAAUACUAUCUGAAUUCAUUAUCUC